AUGGGUAAUAUACUUGUGAAAACAGUGGAGGACAACAAAGUCGAUGAGGUGGAAGCUCUUUUGAAUUCUGGCGCUUCGCCUGAUGCGUGUGAUACUGAUGGAUGGCCUAUACUUGUGACAGCUUGUUAUAGAGGCUUCGAUUCCAUCGUACAACAUUUGUUACAGAAAGGAGAAAAUGUUAACAAAGCAACUGAUUCUCUUGGUAUGACUGCAUUAAUGAUGGCAGCAUUUCGUGGUUAUGAUUCGCUAAUUGUUAUGUUAUUAUCAGCUAAUGCUGAUGGUAAUCUGAAGGAUAAGUGGAUUGGCCGGACAGCAUUGCAUUGGGCUGCUACCAGCAAUCAAUCCAAAGUUGUUCGUAUUCUGUUAGAGAAUGGCUGUAAUAGCAACUUAAAAGACAAUGGUGGAGAAACAGCACUGGAAGUCGCUGUCAGAUUGAAUCACAAAGAUGCUGUAGAUGCAAUCAAGGCAUUCACUGUGAGUUCACAAACUCCCAGUCCAUCACCUUUAUCUGAUAUCAGUCGUACAAGCUCAACAGCAACAGAAUCAAAUGUUCAGCCCUCUACACCAGUGACACAAACAAUAAGGGAGAGUUCCCCAACUGCAUCUUCAGCAUCAGUUGUACCUAACAGCAACUUAAUUAGCUCAAUGAGUGUAAGAGAAGAAUGGAAACAUCCGGGACCUUUGGGUCAUGAGUUCAAGUACAGAUGGGCUUGGGCGUAG